GUUAGAAUUAAUGAAACAAACUAUUUGUAUCUCAUGUAAAUCAAAAUAGAAUGGUGAUAUGUCUGUUGCAAAAAGGGAAGGUACUGUUUAUAUUGUCUUCUUUCUCGUAAAACUUAAUAAUUACAUAUAUAUUUUAGGAUUAUACUGUUCUCUGGUGUUUACAUGUCACUGCUCGAACGAAAUUAAAAUCAAUACAUCUAAACAAUGUCCAAAAACUUCUAAACAAGAUAUUAAUAUUCGAAGCGCAAUUGGUCAUCAAAAUCUUCUAAAACUUUGUGGUGUUUUGAAUGUACCACCUCCUAUUGAUGAUGACCAUUCUUCUCGUACAAUUACACAUAUACUUCCGGUAUUUGAAUCACACAAGCUCAAUUCAAUGAAAAAUGCUAUAGAAGAAGCACGUAGUGAAUCAAAUAAACGUAAAUUUACCGUAAGCGGAUAUGGAACCUGGCCAAAACGCGGUUUUUCUAGUUUACAUGGAAUUGUUGAAAUAAUGUCAACCGGUUCCAGUGCAAAAGUGUUGGAUUUGGAGAGACUAUCAAAAAGUUGUUCAAUUUUUACAGGUGCACUUAGUAGCAAACAUUCAAAUCCAACAAAAUAUGAAGAAAUUAAAAAUAAACAUAAAUGUGAAAUAAAUCAUUCAAGCUCAUCAAAAACAAUUGAUGCUUUACUCAUAGCUUCAAGUGAUUAA